AUGAAAGUAUUACUACUGAACUUAAUUUUGUGGCUACCCGCCGCAUUGGUGCUUGGUGGUAUCACAUAUAAUGCGGAGAGAAAUAUUUCGGAUGUGGCUAUAGCACUCUCGGAAAUCAUCAACGCCUUGAAACCUCGCCAGCUAGCCAUACUCUCAGCACCACAAUUCCAUUUCAACACACGCCAUGCGCCACUCCCAGCAGCAGCUGAAAUUCCCAACGAUUCACAGUUGGAGAGCAUGCAAAUGGAUAUCGACGAUUUCAUCUAUAAAUUACAUAAACUCAAUUUCAAAUCAGUCAUUUAUAAUAAAGCCGAUCUAUUUUUCAAAUUUGUCGAAGACAGUCUACUUGGCUCGAUUGAGAGUGUCAAUUUGAUAUUUAGCGCACCGUAUGAGUUGUCGGCACGCAUACAGGAGCGUAAGUUGUCACAUCGAUUAAGUUUAUUCAUAUUCUAUUGGGGUGCCAAACAUCCCCCGAAGGCGAAUGAAGUACGUUUUGAGGAGCCAAUGCGUGCGGUUGUCAUUACGAGGCCGAGGAAGAAAGCAUUUCGUAUUUACUACAAUCAAGCCGUACCGGAUGGUGUCAGCAAUCUGCGCUUGGUCAACUGGUAUGAUGGUGAUAAUUUGGGUUUACAGAAAGUGCCGUUAUUACCCAAUGCAGCAAGUGUCUAUUCAAAUUUCAAUGGACGUGUAUUUCGGGUGCCGGUAUUUCAUUCCCCACCUUGGUUCUGGGUGAACUAUGAUAAUGAUUCCAUCAACUCUACCAUGUUGGAUGAUUAUAUCGAUUCGUCAAAUAGCUACAUGGAAUUGACAGAAGUAAAUGUGACUGGUGGACGUGAUCAUUGUCUACUAAAUCUCUUGGCUCAACAUAUGAAUUUCCAAUUCGUUUACAUUGAGGCACCGGGACGGACUCAAGGUUCCUUACGUAUUGAUGAUAUAGGCGGGGAAAAUGAGACCUUUACUGGUGGUAUUGGUCUGCUACAAAAUGGGUUAGCGGACUUUCUUCUCGGUGACGUCAGUCUUAGUUGGGAGCGACGCAAGGCCGUUGAGUUCUCCUUCUUCACGCUAGCCGACUCCGGUGCUUUCGCAACACAUGCGCCACGUCGACUCAACGAGGCAUUCGCCAUCAUAAGACCUUUCAAGCGUGACGUUUGGCCCUAUUUAAUAUUAACUGUUAUAUUUUCGGGUCCUAUAUUUUAUGCAAUUAUAGCCAUACCGUAUAAAUGGCAUUUACCAUGUCAAGGGCGCGCAGGAAAGCGCGCCAAUGAGCUGGUUUUCCAUGUGGCUUACAUAAGGGAAAUUACAGGCGAUAAUGAGAUGGCCAAGCGACUGCUGCGUCGUCAAAGACAACAACAGCAACUACUAGGGGAAACAAAUGCUCAGCAAGAGCGUCUUGGUGAUGGGGCUUUGGGUAUGGCGGAAAUGCCAUACAAUCUAUUCGAUAAAUGCAUUUGGUUUACAGUCCAACUAUUCCUCAAGCAAUCCUGCAAGGAGCUUUAUCAUGGCUAUCGCGCCAAGUUUCUCAUGAUCGUGUACUGGAUUGCGGCCACCUACGUGUUGGCUGAUGUCUACUCCGCCCAGUUAACGUCACAAUUCGCGCGUCCGCCACAUGAGGCACCAAUUAACACGUUGCAACGUCUACAGACAGCUAUGCUGCGCGAUGGUUAUCAGUUAUUUGUGGAGAAGGAAAGCUCAUCGUUGGAAAUGCUAGAGAAUGGCACCGAAAUAUUUCGUCAGUUAUAUGCGCUUAUGAAGCAGCAGAAUCCAGAUGUGGAAGGUUACCUUAUUGACUCUGUAGAGGCGGGUAUAUUGUUGAUUGCCGACGGACUGGAGAAUAAAGCGGUGUUGGGUGGACGAGAGACACUCUACUUUAAUAUACAGCAAUUCGGAUCUAAGACCUUUCAACUUAGUCAUAAACUCUACACACGCUAUUCGGCAGUUGCCGUGCAGAUCGGUUGCCCGUUUUUGGAUAGUCUUAACGAUGUCAUCAUUCAUCUGUUCGAAGGCGGAAUUUUGGACAAAAUGACCAAUGCCGAAUAUGCUACACAAUCGCGUAUGCUCGGGAAGGAAUACAAUAACCAACAUCCCACAAGUGCAGCUGAGACAAAUGGCAACAACGAACCACCACCGAGCGACGACAAUCGUAAUGGAAAUGGUGGCAGUACGGAUGUUGGCGGCAAGGCAGAUGAGAGUGCUGGGACUGCAACCAAGUCACAGGACACGCAAAUCAUACAGCCGUUAAAUCUGCGUAUGCUGCAGGGCGCUUUCAUUGUGCUGCUCUGUGGUUAUGCCGCGGCAACUGUUAUUCUCGUGUUGGAGCUAUGUUGUCAUCGUUUAAACUGGAACUUUAUGGAGCGCUUUCAAGUCCGCUUGCUGCGUCGUUAUCGCUGUGUUUGUCGGAAUUUCCGUCGAAUUGCGCAUUCAGUAUUUGUCAGAGUUUUUCGUUAAUGUUUUUUGUUUUUAAUUUAUUUAAAUAAUUUUAAUUUUUAUACUCGACUAACAACUCCUUAUCACUUUUUAAGUUUUGCAUGGAAUUUGUUGUUGGGAAAUUACGAAAUUUUGCUGUUGUUUCUGAAUAAUAUUGUAGUUCUAAAUGUAAAUUUACCCAUUUUUAUCGCGGCACCCGCAUUAGCUGGAGUAUAUAUUUGUAAAUUACCUACAUAAUAGUUGUUCUUGCGCUUAUAGAAUUUAUAUACGUACAUAUGCAGGAGCUUAUCUAGUAUUUUGAAGUUUCUGAAGCGUGAAAAGCACUAACCUAAAGUACAAUUUAGGAAUAAACUAAUUUAUUUAAUGUGAAAAUAUUACAAAAUGACUAAAAUCACACAUG